AAUCAGAUUUUAUAAACAAACUGAAGUCUUUCAUUAUUUUUGCGAAUAAAACCCAGAAAAUAGCGUAUAUAAAGGUAAAACAGUGCUAAUUUAAUACCUAAUAUAACAUCAAUCAUGGCCCAACCACCGUCGCGUAGCAUUUUGAAGAUGAUCUUCACGAAUUUUAUAAAUUCGUUCAAACCAAGACAGUGGCGAGGCAAUUAUAUGGGAACGGAUUAUUUUGGUAAUAAAUACUUUGAAAUCCCUGUUAACUCAGUCAGCGCUAGAACGAGACCUAGCAGAUGGUUUGAACCACCGGAAAAAGAAAAUUUCCAACAAGAAAUGCCUGCCGAAUGGGAAGCCUGGUUAAGAGGUAGAAGGAAAGUACCUCCAACUGAAGAGGAGUUAGCUAAAAAUUUAGCUUUAAUGCAGUCAAAGAAAAAGAAGGCUCUGGAGAUCGAUGCUAAGGGAAAUCUACCAUCACCUGUGGAAAAGGGUAUGGAAAGCUUUCCACAUAGGCCUGAAUAUGAAAGGGUUCCAGGAGAAAAACUGAAAUAGCAUAUACUGUUGUUUAUUUAUUGGAAUUGUUGAAAUUGUAAAUUAUUAUUCUGUAAAUAUAGUUAAUUAUGAAGAUA